AUGGGUUGCUUCGGAUUUCUCAAAGUCACGAUGUUUGUCUUUAAUGGCAUCAUCUUUUUGGCGGGCGCUGCCAUCCUGGGUGUGGGGAUCUGGGUGAAGGUGGACAGCGGCUCGAUCCUGGGGUUCCUCAAGGUUAUAAAAGACGCUCCGGCGGAGAUGAACCAGAUCCUAAACGUGGGAUACCUGUUGAUUGCUGUGGGGGCAGUGCUGCUGAUCGUAGGUUUCCUGGGCUGCUGUGGCGCCAUGAAGGAGAGCAGGUGUAUGCUGCUCAUUUUCUUUCUGAUUGUGUUGGUGUUGUUCAUUGCAGAGGUGGCUGGAGCAGUGGUUAUCCUGAUGUUUAAACCCUUGGCAGGUCAAUUGAUUGAGAAACUGGGCACCAAAGUGGUUCAGAACAUUAGGAAGGACUAUGGAGAAAAUGCAGACGUCACCGCUCUCUGGAAUGUUACUAUGGAUACGCUAAAGUGCUGUGGAUUCUACAACUAUACAGACUUCACUGACUCUCCAUUUGAAAAAUACACCCAUCUCUAUCCUCAACAGUGCUGCCACAGUGCUGAUUUCAGCUCUUGUGAUGGUACAAGUGCUACAAUCAUCGGCUGCUUCCCAAAGCUUAUGCAACUGAUUGAUGAAAACACUAUUGUCAUUGUGGCAGUGGCAUUGGGAAUCGCUGCUCUUGAGAUAUUGGCGAUGGUUGUCUCCAUGACUUUGUACUGCAUAAUAGGCUCAAAGAGUGACUGACUGAAAACCAAUGGAGGGAGGGCCAUAGAGACAUCUGCCUGGAUGGCAUCUCUGGACCCUCCUUAGGACA